AUGGUCGGAGUUCAGCCUUUUGUGGACCACAAGCUUCUUUAUAUCAGCGUUAAGCCUGAGCGCAGCCUCUCACUCACACUUCCAGCUGGAGAGCCGAGGAACGGAUCCCACCUCGGGGCGGCUGUCACGAUGUGCGCCCGGCUGGAGCUUUCCAGCGGCGGGGCCCCGACCCCUUUAACGGGACCCCCUAGAGCGCCUGGCGGAUCCGUCAGUCCGGGGGCCCCCCUGGCCCCGGGCAAGGCCUGCGACCCCCGGCAGCGGAGGGACGCCGGGGGCCGCGGCGGAGUGUACGAACACCUCGGAGGAGCGCCGAGACGCAGGAAACUCUACUGCGCUACCAAAUAUCAUUUACAGAUCCAUCCAAACGGGAAGAUCGAUGGAUCACUGGAGGAGAACAACCCGUUCAGCAUCAUGGAGAUCACAGCUGUGGACGUGGGCGUUGUGGCAAUUAAAGGACUUUUUUCGGGCAGAUAUCUGGCCAUGAAUGACAAAGGGCGGCUGUACGCCUCGGAAGUUUUCAACAAAGAGUGUGAGUUUGUGGAGCGGAUCCACGAGUUGGGGUACAACACCUAUGCAUCUCGCCACCACUCCACUGAGCAGCCACUGUCACCAGGAGGUGGCAGCACCAAACGGCGAGCCAGCGCCAAACGCCAGUGGUAUGUUUCAAUUAACGGCAAAGGGCGGCCACGGCGAGGCUUCAAAACCCGAAGCACGGACAAAGCUGCCCUUUUCCUGCCUAGGGUGCUGGGCAACAAGGACCAUGAGAUGGUGAGGCGGCUGAGAGAGAGCCAAAGUGCUCAUCAUCACACGCAUCAUCACGUAGGCCGUGGCGAACGCAGACGACGCCGGCACCGUGACAGGAAAGGCUUUGGCCAACAGUGCAGACUGUUCAGAGAGGAAGCUGAACCUGUCGACUGACGGGGCGGUGACCCGACCAAAGCUGGAACACUGAGUCAGCGACUGGGAUCAGGCUUUCUGGAUUAACAGAAGCAUCUGAUGACAGAGAAACAAAUCCUGAACAAAAAGAAGGAAUGACCCAAAGCUUCAGCCUACACACAAACUCAAACCACUCUGAGGAGACUUUGACGUAAACAUGCCCUCAUACAAGUAACACUAGCCUGUCUGAAGAAUCAAACAUUCACUUCUUCAAAUACGACUCUUUGUUCACAGAUCUUAGGCCUUGUGUCCUGA